AUGUUCAGCGAGCCGGUGUAUCUGUCGCUCAUGGAUGAGUACGACAAACCGCAUACCACGUCGUCGCUGGGGAAGAACCCGGCCGGUGCAAAGAGCUUUGUCGUCCCGAUGAAGCGUUCCCCACAUAUCACUGAUGCGGUGUUUCAGAAGCCGUUCAUUUCCCUCGCUGUUGGAGAUGAGUACGUCCCGGUCCCUCCAGGCGGCACCUUCCGCCAGCCCGUAGAGGGAAGGAAGGGCACAAUGGUGGUGUCAGUGCCGUUUAAGCCCCCGAGCCGUCCCCACAAACCAAACGGCAGCGGGACGUACUACGGCACGUUCAACGAGACCAACCCGCCUAGGCAUGAGGCGGAGUUACCGCUGGUGGAGAUUAAAAAGGCUGGUACCACCGCGGACGCCACCUUGACGUGGCCCAAGCGCAAAAUAUACACGAACCCCGGCAAGAAGGGCACCUACGGCUAUGUAGGCCUCACCAUUGGCAAGGCGGGGGAGGUGCAGUACAUAGCUGACCCCAUCAAAAGCGCCGUCAGCCAGCGCUCCUGCAGUCCGUCCUCGCAGAAGCCAUUUAGGGCAGCCGUGAAAAGAGGUGGGUGCUUCGAUGAAAGCGAGCAUGGCUUCAGUACAGUAUACUGCAUUAAAAGACCUCUGCCUCCGAAGAAGCUGCAAGUGCCGCGCCCCCUGCCGGACAUCAAACCAUGGAGACCAGCCGGUGCGCUAGUGAAGGAUAUUACAAAGUCACCUGAGUACCAAGAAGACCCGUAUGAAUUGAAAGAAAAACGCAUCCGCGAGGAACGGCAGAAGGGGCAAAGCUAUAAACCGUGGUGCCCAGCAGGCAAUGACCCAUACCGCUACAUUUAUACCUACCCCGUCCGCUUUGAUCCCCCUCCAGUACAAUAA